AUGGAUGCUUGUCUAUUAAGAAUUAUGCUGAAACCCUCAACUGAUUUUGUAACAGCUGUAGCACAGCUGUCUAUAGAUAAUUACUACGGUACCCCAAAGCCUCCUGCAGAACCAGCUCCCUUAUUGUUAAAUGUAACAGACCAGAUACUUCCAGGAGCCACACCAAGUGCCGAAGGAAAACGUAAGAGGAAUAAGUCCGUCAGCAACAUGGAGAAAGGAGGGAUUGAGCCCCCUGAGGAGGAGGAAGAAGAACAACCUGUGGUCAAUGGAAAUGGGGUAGUAGUAACUCCAGAAUCAAGUGAGCAGGAAGACAAGAGUACCGGUGCCUCAGGUGAGAUGCCCUCCCAGCCUUAUCCUGCACCAGUAUACAGUCAGCCUGAGGAACCAAAGGAGGAGAUGGAUAUAGCGAAGCCGACUAAACCUGAAGAAAAUGAUGAGUUGGGCCCAUUGCCUGAUAAUUGGGAGAUGGCCUAUACAGAAAAGGGGGAAGUCUACUUUAUUGACCAUAACACAAAGACAACAUCAUGGCUGGAUCCACGACUUGCGAAAAAGGCUAAACCUCCAGAAGAGUGCAAAGAAAAUGGCAACUUAUAA